AUGCCGCCAGUCGCAGCCAUGUAUUCGAGCAGCUCGGCGGCCUCACCUCUCACCCCUUCCAAAAGGGACAACACCCACGCUCAGCACUCAGUCGUCAACGAGCAGGUCAAGCCACUCAAGAAUCACGAGCUCUCGCGAAUCAAUGAUUCUUCCAACGAUUUCGACUCGCAACCCGAUCCAAAGGGUAGCUGGAGGAGCUGGAGGCGUGGCGACGGUCUACAGCCGUGGGAGAACGAGAUCGUUCGCAGCAUCGAAGUGCAACGUAAAGCCAACGUAGCCCAGCUCUACUUCCUCAACUACUAUUUUGACAACCUCCGAUACAUCGCUGAUCGCAAGGCUAGGCAUGCCCGCUUCCAAGACUCGACGCGAGCUCGCGGCUUGCUUCCCGAGUCCGACCAUGAUGAGCCUUCUCCCGAAUACCUGAAGGAGCGCAGCUCCUACUUUGGACGCGAGCGUGUUCUGCUUCGCAAGAGGAGAACCAAGUUGCGUGUCAACCAGUUCCACAUCAUUACCCAGGUCGGUGCCGGUGGCUAUGGUGAGGUCUUCCUUGCUCGCAAGCGUGACACUGGCGAGAUCUGCGCACUCAAACGCCUCAAGAAGCGCAUCCUCGUCAAAAUGGACGAGGUCCGCCAUGUACUUACCGAGAGAGACAUUCUCACUGCCACAAAGUCGCCGUGGCUCGUGCGUUUACUCUACGCAUUCCAGGACCCUGAUCACGUCUUUCUCGCCAUGGAGUAUGUUCCUGGUGGAGACUUCCGCACGCUUUUGUGCAACAACGGAGCGCUCAAGGAAGAGUACGCCCGGUUUUAUAUGGCUGAGAUGCUCGUCUCUGUCAACGAGCUCCACCGCCUCGGCUACAUUCAUCGCGACCUCAAACCCGAGAACUUCCUCGUAGACUCUAGCGGACACGUCAAGCUCACCGACUUUGGACUUGCCUCAGGUGCGCUCAAUCCAGGUAAGAUCGAGUCGAUGAAGGCCAAGCUCGAUGCAGUCAAGGACACCGACUUCGUCUACCGUACACCUGCCGAGCGUGGCUCCAUGUACAAAAAAAUGAUUCAACACACCCAACACCGCGCAAACUCGAUCGUCGGCAGUCCGGAUUACAUUGCGCCCGAAAUGCUCCGUGGACGUCAGUACAGUUUUGGCGUCGACUACUGGAGCUUGGGAUGCAUCCUGUACGAAUUUUUGUGUGGUUUCCCUCCUUUCAGCGGCAGCAACCCGGACGAGACGUUCGCCAAUCUCAAGAACUGGCAAAAGGUGCUCCAACGUCCUGUCUACGACACUCCUGAAAAUCUGCAGUUCAACCUCAGCGAUGUCGCCUGGGAUGCCAUCACCAAGCUCGUUGACACUCCCGAGCGUCGAUACAGCAGCCUGGAGCCGGUACAGGCGCAUCCCUUCUUCCGCCCCCUCGAUCUGAACCGUCUGCGCGAGCUCAAGGCACCCUUCAUCCCCGAGUUGGAGAACGAGGAGGACACAGGCUACUUUGACAACUUUGAAGAUCCAGCCGACAUGGCGCGCUACAAGGAUGUUCACGAGAAGCAGAAGAACGUCGAAGCCGUUAGCGAGAACGGCUCGGGUGCCGGUGGAAGAGCCCUUUGGGUGGGCUUCACGUUCGGCAAGAACCAUCUGGGUGCAAAUGGCAAGCCGCUGUUUCCACCAUCGACCUCCAAGGAUGCUUCAGACGCAUUUGCAACCAUGUUCUGA